AUGGCCGCAUUCCACACUUCCACACAUCUAUCCCUGAUCAUACCUUAUGCUCCCCUCAGCAGUCUUUGGGACCUUCUAUCUUCAUCCCCAUUAUCACCAGUGUGGAUUGGGGAAGAAGAGCUGAAGUGGUGGGUACCGCAGGUGAUCUGCGCAAUCGCGUGGUACCAUGAUCAAGGAUAUGCCCAUCGCGACGUGAAACCCCAUAAUUCUGUUGUCACAGAGGAGAAAAAGAUUCUGAUCCGCGAUUUUCGUUCGGCAGUACCUGCGCACGGUUUAGAUGAGGAAGUGCAUAGAAUCCUAACUCAUGAGGCAGCUUUGGUGCAAUUAGAGCUGGAGGAGGACGCAGAAAUCACUAGCAGGUCAACACUCAGCAACAGAGGCGCCAUCGGAAACCUUCAUAGGACUUUUUCAUCAGGUCCUUUAACUCGCAAGGAAGACGAGAGAGGUCCAGAAGAGUUUAGGGAACAUCCAUGGUUCGACAGAGUGAAAUGGGACACUUUACAUCAAGGUAACGCCUACCGUUUCUUUCCACCGAACCUCGUCAAGUCCUAUUUCAUAGAACAUCCUCUUGAAGCCUUACAUCUACCGCAAUUCGUAUACGCCGGCCCAAACCUCAUCCCCACCCCGACGCAGGAUGACAUGUCUUAA